AUGGCGCCGAACAGCCUCAACCCAGACCUCGAGGAGAUCGAGGCGCGCGCCGAGAACCUCCUCUGCGGCGACUGCCGCGCGAAGGCCCCAAAGUGGGCAUCGGUGAACCUCGGGGUUCUGUUCUGCAUCGACUGCAGCGGUGCUCAUCGCGGCCUCGGGACGCACAUCUCGGUCGUCAAGUCCACGACAUUGGACAAGUGGCAGCAGAAGUGGGUCGACACCGUCUCGGGGCUCGGCAACACCGUCGUGAACGACUUCUUCGAGCACGACCUGCCCGAGGGCGCCCGGCCACAGGCGACCGACCGGGAGGCGAUGGCGCGCUUCAUCCGCGCGAAGUACGAGGGAAGGCAGUGGGCCCCGAAGGGGCAGAUGGCGCCGCACGAGCUGGCGGCGCAGGGGCGCCUUCUCGGCGCCGCGGCCGCCGCGCAGCCGCCCAGCCGUCAGGGUCCUGUGGCCGCGGCGCCGCCCAGCCUGACCGUCCCGUCUCCUGCCGUGGACCUCCUGUGCAUGGACGACGAGCAGACCCCCGCCGCGAAGCCGCCGCCGGUCCUGGAGGCCCUUGACCUCCUCGGCGGGCUGCUGCCGGCGCCCCCGCCCGCGCAGCAGCCGCGGGAGCAGCACCAGGUGCCUGCCGCUGGGCUCCAGUCAUUGCAAGGAGGCCUGGCGUCGUUGUACCAGCAGCCGCAGGAACAGCCACCCCAGGGCCGCUUCGCGGCGCUGGGCGCACCGGCAGGCCUGGCAGGCACUUGGGGCAGCGCCCCUGGAGUGCUCGCGGCGCCCAGGCCUGGCGGCCAGUACAACGCGCAGCCGCAGCCAGCGGCGCCGCAUGGCACAUCUGGCCACGCAGGUGGCAGAGCUGGAGCGGCGAUGCCGCAGCUCCCUACGAAGGCCUACCAGCCAGCGACGUCCAAGCUCGAUUGCUUCGGGGCACUCGACCCCUUCUCAGCCUUCAACGCCUUCGACCAGCCCAGGGCCAUUCGCCAGUCGGCGUAG